AUGAAAGAACAAACUAGUUCAAAUAAACGCAAAUCAAGAUCUUUUGUUCUCCCUCCUCUUGUUCCUAUUUCAUUUUAUGGUUAUAAUAAGGAGAAGUCGUCUGUAUAUUUAACUAGAGAGCUUGCAGAAGGUAUUCGGAAAUUUAUACCUCGUCGUCUUCAACUCCAAGAGAAAUGGAAGUUAGUUUAUUCUUUAGAUCAUCAUGGUUCAAGUUUACUUACAUUAUAUUUAAAAUCGUCCCAAAAUAGAGGUGUAUUUAGCUCUAGGCCUGGGUUCGUCUUGGUUGUUAAAGAUAGUAAUAAUAAUAUUUUUGGAGCGUUUAUCAAUGAGUAUUUCCAUCCAAGUACAUCAUACUAUGGUUCUAGGGAAUGUUUUGUUUGGAAAGUUCUUUCAAAUGAUUCAUUUGAUAACAUAAAUGGAUCUGCAUUUCGAUUUAAAGCAUUCAUGUCAACCGGCAUUAACGAUUUUAUGGUUUUAUGCGAUAAUUCAUUUUUAUCAAUUGGUGGAGGCGAUGGGAAAUAUGGAUUAUGGAUAGAUGGACAGCUUGAAAAGGGAAUAUCAGCUUCAACACAAACUUUUAAUAAUGAUCCUCUUAGUGAUAGCGUGAAGCCAGGUGAACGAUUUGACAUAUUAGGUGUAGAAGUUUGGAAAAUAUAA